ACUGUUGGGACCGUCUGACCACCUGCCCAUGGAGUGGAGAAGUGUGCAGGUGAGGCAGGAUGACCAUGUUGGAGUGGUGAGGGGGACGGUACGCUCACCAUGUCGCAGUCUUCAUGUCCUGGGGAGCAGGGUCAUCCUUGUCACGGGCAAACAGGUCCGAUGUCUUGACCUUGAUGAAGCAGCGCUACAAGGUCAGAAGGAAGUGUCCUGGAGAUCUCUGGAGGUUGCCGGAGCGCCCCCUGUUGUCCUGAGCCCGAAUUGCCCCAGCAUGAAGUUUGGAGACUACAUCAUUUUCCUGAACGGGCACAGAGAGAGGAUGUACCCAUGGGAUGACCAGUACAAGGCCUCUGUCUUCAUCCUGGACAUGACUGACUCAGACAAGCCCAGAUGGUGCCAUCCUAAGACGUCCGGUGACAUCCCCCGUAACUUUGAGGCAGUUUUCCUGUUGGACGAGUCAGCCAACAAGGCUCACACCUACCGCUGGAGUACUGGUCCUACCCGCCAGGGGCGCCUCUGGACGCUGGAUCUGAAGACCUUCACUUGGAGUAAAACUAAAACCUCUGGUGAUGAACCAGCACCAAGAUAUGCUGUCAGCAUCUGUGAACUGGAUGGAAAAAUGUUCUACAUGUUUGGAAACACCAAGCAGAUGCAGAAUGACUUCUACACCCUGGAUCUGAGCACUGGUCAGUGGCAGAAAGGCAACCCAAGCGGCUCACUUCCUGAUCCAUGUAACGGUGCAGGUGCAGUCGUAGACCCUGUCACUAAACACAUCUACAUCAUAAGUGGCCACUUCGGUCAAGACUGUGACCAAGUACGCGUCCUGGAUGCCUCCAAUUCCGAGAAGUACAUCUGGUCUAAAGCACAAUCCAAAGGCCAAGCCGCGGACGGCAGGUCGGACCUAGUGAACUCCUUCUGUGCGAUCGGUUACCACGACAAAACCAAGCAGAGCUUUCUCGUCCAACUUGGCGGCUUCAGCGGCAGAACCAUGAAGGAAACGUCUGAUGUUUUCGCUGUCUUCCCUUUCAAGGCUUCGUACAUCGAAAGCAACGCUCCAAUCCUCCAUUUGAAAGGCAAGGACAUUGCUCAAGGGAACCAAGAGGGUGAUCAUCGGAUAUCUGUCCAUGUGCCGUCUUCGGUGGACGAUCAUCUGGCGGCAGCCCUCCCUCUUCCAGUCAUCAGAAAGCUGGCAGAGAUCAGUGGUGUCACGGACACGAAGUCCUCCAUCAGGAAAGAUGUGUUUCUGGCUGUUAGAGAACAGGUUUCGGACUUUCUGAACGACAUUGUUCCACGUGCCCUGGAACAUCACAGGGAGUUACUUGAUGAUGACAAUCGUCAGGAUGAGGACUUAGAUGACUGGGAACAGGAGAGUCAGGUAGACAACUACAUAUCACCAGAGGAGUACCUGACUACCCGGAGGACAGACCUGAGUGUGUGUUCCAUCCUGGCAGCGCUGCAAGACUUCAGCCAGGACAGAGGUGACCUCCUUAAGGAACUGACCGGCAGCCUGACUGUUGAGAGGGUACAGAAGAGGAUCGUGUAUGAAGUCGUCCACGUGACGUAUGAUUCCGGGGAGUCACCUGAAUUUGACCAUGAGUCUAUCAGGUCUGAACCCAGUAACAUGGACUCUUCCUUUGUGCGUUACAUGAGUGAUGGUGAGGAGAGUAACCCUGGUGAGUGGUGUAACCGUGUGGAGAGGGCCGUCAGCAGGCUGGAGGUGGCCAGGUCCAUGUCUGAGGAGUUCUGUUUCCUCUAUGGAAGACCUGAUGCCUUCCACCAUGUGGUGUGUUACAUCCUGUAUGAGUGGGGGUUCUGUGACAGGAUCACCAAGACGGCACAGUUCCUCCUACAGAGGGCAGCCGAGUUCUUUGUCUGUGUCUUGUUCUCACAGACAGUAGCAGCUCUUGACAGGGGAGACAUCAAGGCAGAUGUUCUGACACCUGAUGUGAUCCAGUGGGUGUUUGUGGAGCUGCCAAGUGCACCUGCACUGACUGUCUCAGAUGCCACGACACCUGGAGACAACGAUGACAACUUAGAGCAGUAGAUGUAUUCCAGAUUACACGAUAUUUGUUCUCCAUAACAUUAAACAUUACAUGUUUACAUCUAAGGCCACACCAAUUUAAUUUUUUGUUUCUCGGAUUCGCCCUAUCCAAUUUUUUCUGAUUUGAAAAAAAAAUGUUUGCUUCUAAAUCAACUGCAAAAUACUCAAAGACACAUUUUGGCCCCAAGGGUUGCAAAAAGUCCAUUUCUACCUAGAUGCAAUGUACCUAGUACCUGCAAUGUAACAAUGCAAUUUUGUUUCAUUAAAAGUUCAAAAUCUAUUGUUUUAUAAUUAAUUCAUAGUGCAUAGUUAUAAGUUUGCUUGGCAGAAUAAAAUCACAGUAACAUUUGUUGAGGCAUAACUCUAGGCAAUGUUCUUAUGUUCUUGCAAGCAUUUUCAUGUUCUGAUUACGAAUUAACAGUUGAGAAUAAGGCAUAUUUUUAUCUGCUUAUUAAUUGCUGUAAGCUUUGUAUAAAUCGUGGUUAUAUUUUUACUGUUAUUAUGAUGUGGCCAGGGAACCUUAAGCAAUGGGCAAUGUACCACAUGUAUGGAAAUGCCUUUUAAACUAUUAAAGGGAUGUGCAAAUUAAUGUAUUACUUUAGUUGCAAUGACUAUCACUGACAAUACAUUUAUCUGCCUUUUAUUGAUAAGUUUUUCAUCACUUUCUACUGUAAUCUGUAUUGUUUCUGGUACAAGGUAUGACAGUUUCAUGGUUGUAAGUUUAGGAUUGUUCUUCAGUGGGUAUCCAAUUGGGAGUCUGAAAACAAGAAAUC